GUCCUCACCAGAGGCAUGUUACUAAAUCUUAAUCGUAAAUGGUCCGGACCUUGAAGCUUCCGACACAGUACUAGUCUGAAUCCUAACUUGCUGUAGCGAGCGUGACUCGCCAGUCUCUUCGGUAAGACUCUUGGUCUUGCUUCAUCCAUCGUAUAGCUAGCUUUCCACCCGUAAUGCAUUGUACAUCGAGCUUGGAUAACUUGGUCGACGAUAUCGUCAUACAGAUCUUCCAGACAUUGUCUGUGCGAGAAAUAUUGACGCUGAGACGGACCUCCAAACGAUAUUAUUCCCUGUCUAAAUUUCGCAGCGUUUGGUAUGCGGCAUUCUGCACUGAAGUAUUGGCCCGCCAUCUUCCGCCCCCUGGCCCUUCGUGCUCUCUCCGUGCUUUGAAUUCUGCAGAUCUAGAGCAUCGCACGUUAUUGGCUCUUUCCCUCGAGAAACGUUGGUCACGGGCCACUCCCAAUGUUAUUGUCUCGAGCAGACAACGAGAGACCGUAGACCAGAUCCUGCUUAUCCCUGGUGGAACACAAAUUUUGACCGUCCAUGGAAAUAAAGUGAUAUAUUGGCUCAUCUCUGGGCAGACAGGGGCCACAUACAAGCUUCAAAAGGUUGAAGAGUGGUUGUCACCAAGUGAUGAUGCUUGUAUAGUCGUGAAGGACACUGAGGGCCAGGGAAUCAUUGCCAUCGGUUGCAGAGACCAGUUAGUCCCUCGUCUUUCCGACACAAAAGCGAAAGGGUCGCUGACAGUGGAUAGACCAAAUAAGCAUGCCACUAUAUUCUCUCUCGCAUUGAAGCCUGCCCUCAGCAAACUAUGUGACUACUCCCUCAUCCCUGGCACCGUCGCAGGGAUAUCGCGGCACCUCCUUUUUUUAGAUACUACGUCAGAUCAAGACGGUGGCGGUCUUGAGCUCCUAGAUUGGCAUGCUCAAACGGAAGGCACUGCCCUGCUCCCGUGUAUACCCGAUCUGUUUGGUUCAUUUCUAGGCUUCGUUCAUUUCUCCGACCAUAUUCUUGUAGCAUGGGAGACAUGCAUUAGCGUAUUCCCGGUGCCUGACAUACCAGCCCAGGGACGGAUGGUGGUUGCCCAUACCAAAGUAUUCAUAUUUUCUGAGCCCGUCAGCUCUCCUAUCGCCUUCACAACUUGUGUCCCUCGAGGUUGGACCGGCAUAGAUGCGCCGGCGUACCCGCCAUCCCAGGAGAUGCCUUCCCUCACAAUCGUUGCGCGUCCCAAGAGCAAGUUGGGCAGGAUUGCUAUGUCGAUGCUUAUUCCGCUAAGCAACGAUAACGGUGCAAAGUAUCCGUCCAGUUUUCCAUAUCAGCUUCUCCGACUACCUCCAUUUGUUCCCGACGUACCGGGAGAUACAGGCAGUGGCGUAGGGGACCAGGAGUGCGCGCAGAUAUGCAUGGGAUCGUCUGGGCGCGGGCUGUGCGUCUUUGGGCGCGAGGUCCGACUGUGCGAGCCAAGUCUGCUGUAUAUUCCCCCUCGUGAGAUGCAGUUCGGCCCUGCCUUCGAGACGGGCAAGGCCAUAUAUAAGAUUGAACCUGGUGGAGACAGGGUAGAUUUCGACGAGGGAAUGGGACGGAUCCCUCGUACGCGUGAUGUAUGGGCUAUUCAUCGCCACCACAACGAAUUUCAUGCGGAAAACCAAAUUUGGAAGGUCCUCAAGUUUGCGAAUAAGGCAAAGGCACUUCAGGGGGAUGGGGUAUCACAUUGUUCUACCGAAUUUGAGGAUGAGAAGAACAGAACUCGCUAA